AUGGCAGCAGCGAAGGCCUACAGGAAUGACACCCAUAGGGGGGUCCGACAGACCCGUCCGUCCGUGUGUGUGGCGUUGGAGCGUAUGGCCACCAGCGUGGGUCGAUUAGGAGAGCGGGCCACAGACAAAGUGGGCCACCGUCAAAGCGUGCUAACGCUGAAGCGUGCCAUAACCACCGCUGCGGUCGAGCGCAGCGCUGAAGUAGACUACCGACGAAGCAAUGUACCAGGCACCCCAGAAACCACGGUCACACUGCAUUAA